AUGAACACGACGCAAUCUCCUCCACCAGCGCCGCAUGGUUAUGUACUCUGGCAGAGACAGACGUUACGUGAACACACGGAUGCCGUGGGAAAGCCACUCCCUCCCCAGUACAUUGAGCUAGGAGGCUGGAAAUUCGUGCGUAUCAAGGACCUGGCUACCUGUGACCAAUCACCUUCUUCAUCUGAAGGCCACAAUCAGGAGUUCAAUGAUGAGCCAGAGCGAUUGGUGGAGAAAGCCAAGGUCAAAGAAUACAUCUUCACAGGCUCUCGCGAACAAGACAUCGCCGCAUUGCAUGACUAUAUCGAAGCUUGCAACAAGGCCAUUCACGCUCUCGAUCCGGCAAAUCGAGAAGCACGAACACUGGCAAGAUUGAAGCUUUGA